CCGACAGAGUCUGCGCGAUGGGCGAUGUGGACAGGCCGGAAGCGGCCAGGGCGGAGUUGCAUGAAAGGUUAUCUCCAGAAACGAACGGAAAUGAAGUGAAGUCAAAUGAAGAACCCCUUCUAAACAAGAGUUUACGCCGAUUUGUCAUCUUCCCAAUCCAGUACCCGGAUAUUUGGAAGAUGUAUAAACAAGCACAGGCAUCCUUUUGGACAGUGGAAGAGGUUGACUUAUCAAAGGAUCUCCCUCACUGGAACCGGCUUAAACCAGAUGAGAAGUAUUUUAUCUCUCACAUCUUAGCCUUUUUUGCAGCCAGUGAUGGAAUUGUAAAUGAAAAUUUGGUGGAACGUUUCAGUCAAGAGGUCCAAGUUCCAGAGGCUCGCUGUUUCUAUGGCUUUCAAAUUCUUAUCGAGAAUGUUCACUCAGAAAUGUACAGUUUGCUAAUAGAUACUUAUAUCAGAGAUCCCAAAAAAAGGGAAUUUUUAUUUAAUGCGAUUGAAACAAUGCCCUAUGUUAAGAAAAAGGCAGAUUGGGCUUUGAAAUGGAUAGCAGAUAGAGAAUCUACUUUUGGGGAAAGGUUGGUAGCCUUUGCGGCUGUAGAAGGAAUUUUCUUCUCUGGAUCUUUUGCUGCGAUUUUCUGGCUGAAGAAGAGAGGCCUUAUGCCUGGACUCACUUUUUCCAAUGAACUCAUCAGCAGAGAUGAAGGGCUUCAUUGUGAUUUUGCUUGUCUGAUGUUUCAGUACUUAGUAAAUAAGCCUUCAGAAAAAAGGGUCACAGAUAUUAUUGUUAAUGCUGUCAAAAUUGAGCAGGAAUUUUUGACAGAAGCCUUGCCAGUUGGUCUCAUUGGAAUGAAUUGUGUUUUGAUGAAACAAUACAUUGAGUUUGUAGCUGACAGAUUACUUGUGGAACUUGGAUUCUCAAAGGUUUUUCAGGCAGAGAAUCCCUUUGAUUUUAUGGAAAACAUUUCAUUAGAAGGGAAAACAAAUUUUUUUGAAAAACGAGUUUCGGAGUAUCAGCGUUUUGCAGUUAUGUCAGAAACCACAGAUAAUGUCUUCACCUUGGAUGCCGAUUUUUAAAAUCCUGCAGAUAUUAAAAAU